AGGGGGGCUUCCGUUCCGAGCUGUUGUCCAUGCAAUGCAGCUUUAGACAUUUCUCGAGCUCCCUACGCGUGUGGUGGUUCUACCGGAUCCAUCACAGCCUUAUCCUCUUCCUCGAUCGCACGACGCCUCACAUCAUCAUACAUACAAAAAAAAAAGGAGGCAAAAGCUUGCGAGCGAUGGUGACCAUGGCCGGCACCCGCACCGCCCUGGCCCUGUUAGGGCACGAUGGCUUGGAUUCUGGUCCCAGGCCGGUACCGGUAGUGGCGCCGCGCCGCAGCAGCAGCAGCAGGCUACGCGUCGUCGCCGUCGCGCUGCGGACCAGGCCCACCACCAGACUCGCCGUCCCGGGCCCCCCGCUGCCCCCGGCGCCGGCGCCGGAGCCCGUGCUGCUGCCGUCGCCGCCCGUGGCCGCGGGCGCCGCGGCGGUGCUGCUGGAGGCCGGCGUGCCGCCCGCGGACCUCCGGCGCGCGGCGGGGAUGUGCCCGGAGCUGCUGUCCGUGCCGGCCGAGGCCAUCGAGGCCGCGCUCCGGUUCCUGACGGAGGAGGCGGGCGUCCCGGCGCCCGACCUCCCGCGCGUGCUCCGGCGGCGCCCGCGCCUGCUCGUCUCCCCCGUCGCGGCGCGGCUCCGGCCCACGCUCUACUUCCUGCGCGCGCUGGGCGUGCCCGACCUGCACCGCCGCGCCGACCUGCUGUCUUUCUCCGUGGAGGGCAAGCUGCUGCCCCGGAUCGAGUUCCUCGAGUCGCUGGGCCUGCCGCCCCGCGCCGCGCGCUCCAUGGCGCGCCGCUUCCCGGCGCUCUUCGCCUACGCCGUGGACGGGAACAUGCGGCCCAAGGCGGAGUACCUCCUGGGCGCCAUGGCACGACGCGCCGACGAGCUGGUCGACUUCCCCGAGUACUUCUCCUACGCGCUGGCCACGCGCAUCGUGCCGCGCCACGAGGCGUGCGCCGCGUCCGGGGUCGGGAAGCUGCCGCUGCCCGCCAUGCUCCGACCCGGGGACGCCAAGUUCCGCGCCACGCUCGCCAGCUGCGUCGGGUCCAUGCUGCCCCGGAGGCGGUCGCCGCUGUGGCACGCCACGUGGGUGGACGACGACGACGCGACGGCGGCGGCCAAGGAGACGAUGGUGUGAGUGUGACGUGCGCAUUGUUGUUGGUAGCGAGGGAGAGGCUCUCGCGUCUUGCCUUCUUGGUGGUGUAAUAUAUGUCCAUAACGAUUGCCAUUGGCUGCUUGUAAGUAUGGUUAUGAUAGCCAUGAUGAAUGAAUGAAUCUAGUUGGUUGGUUCUACCAUUGUUGCCGUCACAUCAAGUGAAUAAAGGCAUUGCUUCUUUAUGCAUA